GGAAACUGAAACUGCUUUUAUUUCCUGCUGCACAUCAAGUAAAAGAGGGAGUUACUCACUAAACAUGAACUCCAAACCUCAAGAGGAAAUAAUUUUGGAUGUUGCGACAUGGGAAAAGACAUUUCAAGAACUGAUCCAGCAGGUAAAACCCCGGGCCAGAUGGACCCUGAAGUUGCAUGAGACUCUUCAGCCAGACUGUGUGGCCCAAGGGUGGAAACAAUACCAGCAAAGAGCAUUUGGCAGGUUCUGGUGUUCCUCAUGCAAGCGAAACUGGGCUUCUGCCCAAGUGCAGAUCCUGUGUCACAUGCACCUGGAGCCCCGGAAGUCCCAGGGUCAGGUGCUUAUGCGGCUCUUUGGUCAGAGGUGCCAGAAGUGUUCCCGGUCUCGAUUUGAGAAGCCCAAGUUCUCCUCAGAUAGCACCAUGAGGAUUUUGAACAACCUGGUGCAGCGUAUUCGGGAGAGAUACUACGGAGACGGUGUCAAGAAGUAUUCAGAGAUACCAGUGAUCCCGGAGUUGCCUUUGGAAGGGUCCCAUGACACUGCCAAUUGUGAGGCAUGUGUUUUGGGCUUCUGUGUUCAGAGCUUGCAAAACUGCAUGACAAAACCAUCCAAAUCCCCUCUCCCCUACAUGGAGAUUGGGAGCUCCCUGCCUCACACUGGUGACAUUUGUGGACAAAAACAAGCUAGGAACCAGUCAGCUGGAGCAAAGGAAGCUCAGGGGAGUGGGCGUUCCUUUGAGCAUAAGAUGUCAGGGCCCAGCCAUGCCACUGCUAGAACCCAAGUGCCUGGGGCAGACCCUCAGUCCAAACAGGAGAUAGGCCGACAACCCACACCAGGGGCAGACCGGCAGGCUGCACGUGGAACAGGGUCUCAGCCCAUCCAAGCAGCAGGAUCACUUCCCCAAGGAUGGACAGACCUACAGCCCACACGGGCAGUAGGCCCAUUACCUUCAGUGGGGACAGAUUCAAAAUCCACCCUGGGGACAGGACAACAGAUCCCUCAGAGGACAUACUCUCAGGCUCUAAGGAGGUCUGGCCAACAGUCAAAACAGGAGACAGGUUCACAAGCCACACCAGGAGCAGGUCUUCAGGCUACAAAGGGGACAGACCCACAGCCCACAAGGAGAGCAAGUAGCUGUAGGGACCAUUCAGCUGGAGCAAAGGAAGCUCAGGGGAGUGGGCGUUCCUUUGAGCAUAAGAUGUCAGGGCCCAGCCAUGCCACUGCUGGAACUCAAGUGCCUGGGGCAGGCCCUCAGUCCAAACAGGAGAUAGGCCGACAGCCUACACCAGGGGCAGACCGGCAGGCUGCACGUGGAACAGGGUCUCAGCCCAUCCAAGCAGCAGGAUCACUUCCCCCAGGGUGGACAGACCUACAGCCCACACGGGCAGUAGGCCCAUUACCUUCAGUGGGGGCAGCUACACAUGGAUGUGGGAGUUUCAGGAGAACUCCAGCCACCUGGGGAAGCCAGGACAGGUAUUCACACAGACCACCUGUUCCAGACAGCUCUUCCAGAUCCUUUACCCCAAUGAUGCCACGUAACUCCCGUGGCCAGGAUAACUUACUCAAGUGGGGCUGUAUCAUCUGUGUUGCUGCUCUUUGUGCCUUGGUUCUAGGCAGAUAAUUUAAAUAGAAUGAUGUAAAUAAGCUUGUUUUUUCCUCUUGUCUUAAUUUCAUGGCAAUCAAUGAACUACUAUGACAAAGAAUUUGCUUUGAGACCAAGCAGGGUCAAGUUUGUAGACUAAUCCCUGGUUUUCUGGACUUCCUUUGAAGGUAGCCUAAAACAUGACUUAGCAGAUAAUAAGCCCAAUAAUAAAUAUCUGUGGAAUAACUAAA